AUGGCCGAAGGAACUUGGGAGAAGCUGUCCCAGGUCGCUGUCCUGGGCGCUGAAUAUGACUCCCCUGAACGCCAGCCCCAUCCGAAAUGUUUGGAAGGGACCCGAGUAGACCUUCUCAAACUCAUCCACAGACUGUUAGACAAGCGAGAGAAGAGUCAAAUCAUUUGGCUGCAUGGCACGGCAGGCGUCGGAAAGUCUGCCGUGGCAUUCACUGUAGCUGAAAGAAUGAAAAGUCUGAAAAUAACACAGAAUACGAAAAUUGAAACAAGGCUCGCGGGGACAUUCUUUUUCUCGCGCAAUUCCAAGGAACGCAGCACGACCGGACAUUUCUUUGCGACGCUUGCUUACCAGCUUGCGAGCAAUUUUCCCGGCGUCAGGAACGACGUGAAUAGAGCCGUCCGCGAGAAUCCUGCAGUGAAUGCAAACCUGAAACUGUCGCCGAUCUCAUCUCCCUCCUUGGGGAAGCUCUUCGUGAUCCUGAACUUCCCUCGCUUGGAGGAGCAUAUCCGUCAAGCCAUUCAAACAGAAGAUAUGCGCGCACUGGUACACGAGAUACCAGUGAAUACUUCUGGGGAGAGCGUUGCUGGCAUCAUUUCGUUAGACGGUGAAGAUGUUGACAAUGACAUUUAUAUCUUCUUACAGUAUUCCUUCAUGAAGUUGCAAAAUCGACAUCCUGAUUUCCCUCAGCCCACUGCGGAUAAGCUUAGGCGGCUGGCGAACCGAGCUGGGAGACGUUUCAUCGUGGCAUCUACAAUGAUGAAGUUUGUCGACGACGGAUGCAAUGACCCCCGGGAUCGCCUUGAGCUCAUGCUCGACCUUACCAAUGAACUGCUACCUGGGACGGAAGUGUAUGAGUUAUACAACCGUAUCCUUGCCACCUGUUCGGACCCUAGCCGGGCAUACCAGCACUUGUCUAUUGUUGCUGCCCUUGCAGACCCUCUGCCGAUCUCACAGAUCUCGAAGCUCCUUGGCCCUGGUCAAGGCAGAGAUGUCGCGACCGCACUGAUGCAGCUACGGUCUUUCAUGGAUAUUCCCGCUGAUAGCAGCCAUCCCGUGAAUAUCUACCACUCGUCCAUUCGGGACUAUCACCACAUUCCCUACUCGCUGACUCCUCUUUCCGCUUGAUGAUCCAAGACAUCCCAGAACGCACUACUCUUAUGGAUGCGCUCUUAGAAUUGAAGUCACAGAAUCAGGCUUUGCAACUCCACGACCCCCGGAACUUGCAACAAUCGUUAGCCUUCAUCGUCGAGCCACCAGAGCCGCUGCAGGCUUUCAUGGGCCUGUUAUGGCUUCGGGGAGCUCGCGGGUCUGGUCUGGAGUCCUGGCUAGGGACUUUGGAUGGACGUGCGUGGCUUCAGACUCAGACUGGAGGAGAGUGGUUGGAGACAUCGAGCGGGAGGGAGUGGCUAAAAACACCGAGCGGGAGCCAGUGGCUGACGACACCGAGCGGGAGCCAGUGGC